UGCACUAUAUGGUCCACACUUCAAUGUUCAAUUUGAGGGUGCAUAAAUUAUUUAUGUGCAUUCAUUCAUUGAGUAAGCUGAAGUUUUGACCAUGGUUGGUGAAAGUUGAAAUCUUGGUGGUCCCCACCAAAGUAGCAUCAUAAAAUAAAGCAGGAAAGGAUACGCAAAAAGGAAUGCUUUCAACAUGAAAGGUGCAAACUCAAUCAAAGAUCAAUCUCUCACCAACAGACUUCUUCCUUGUACACUCCAUAUUUUACUCCCAAUACCUCUACUACCUAUGGUUCUUCUCUCCCUUUACUUUUACCCUUUUUCUCCUUCUCCUUCUCCAUCUCCACCAACUAAGCUUCCUUCUUCUUCUUCUACUUCCACUCCUCUUCCUCCUUCUGCAGUCUUGGCAGACAAGGACAAGGACUAUGUUUUUGAUACUCCGUGUGACUACUCUAAUGGCAGAUGGGUCGGUGACAAGAGAGACCCUUUGUAUAAUGGCACAACCUGUGCGACAAUCAAAGAAAGCCAGAAUUGUAUGAUCAAUGGGAGGCAGGACUCCAGCUACCUUUACUGGAGAUGGAAACCAUAUCAGUGUCAUCUUCCAAGGUUUGAGCCUAACACUUUUCUUCAACUCAUUACCAACAAGCAUCUUGCUUUUGUUGGGGACUCUCUGGCUAGGAACCAAAUAGAGUCCCUUCUUUGCUUGCUAGCCACCGUGUCAGCACCUAAACGUGUCCACCACAAAGGGUCCCGGCGGUGGCACUUUGCUUCUCACAAUGCAAGCCUGUCCCUCUAUUGGUCCCCAUUUCUUGUGCAAGGGGUUCAAAGAUCAAACACAGGGCCACUUCAUAACGUAAUCCAUUUGGACCGUAAUGAGAAGUGGACAAAGGAUGUGGAUGAAAUGGACUUGAUUGUGCUGUCAGUUGGAAAUUGGUUUUUGGUUCCUUCAGUUUACUACGAGGGUGGUAAGGUUUUAGGUUGCUUAAACUGUGAAGGUCUUGAGUACAGUGAUAUUGGAUUUUAUGGUCCACUAAGAAAGGCUCUGAGGGCUACUCUUAAUAGGAUAAUAGAGAAGAAAGUUGAUAAAGGAAAUGGAGUUAAUGUGAUAGUGAGAACAUUCUCACCUUCCCAUUUUGAGGGUGAUUGGGAUAAGGAGGGUAGUUGUCCAAAGACUAGACCUUACGUAAAGGGAGAGAUGAAAGUUGGAGAAGUGGAUGAAGAGAUCAGAAGGAUUGAAAUGGAAGAAGUGGAAAAUGCUAAGGUAAAAGCCAAAGAGUUUAGAGGGUUUAGUUUUGAGGCACUUGAUGUAACAAAAUUAUCAUGGUUGAGACCAGAUGGGCAUCCAGGAGCUUAUAUGAAUCAUUUUCCAUUUGGUAAUAAUGGCGUUUCAGGGCGUGUGCAGAAUGAUUGCGUUCAUUGGUGCUUGCCAGGGCCUAUAGACUCCUGGAAUGAGAUCUUGCUGGAGAUGAUCAAAACCCAAGACUGCAGAUUAUCACUUUUUAAUUUAUCACACUGAUAUUUUUGUACCAAAAACUUAUAUUGUAUGAUUAGAAUAGCACCAGGGAGUAGCAACACA